AGAACAAAUAAAGAAAAAGAAACUGCAGCACUUCAAUAUCAGUUUCUUGUGGACCACUCAACGCGAAGGCCCGUGAAAUGAAACUCCCUUCCCCUCACAAAGCGCGAGGACGGACGGACCCACUGAUUUUCUCUUUUCUUCUCUUUUGUUUUCCCUCCAAGUCUACUCUCUUUCUCACCAAACAAACAGAUUCUAGAGAGGAAGGAAUCAACAUAGUUAUUAGUUACCGCAGCCAACAAAAGACCCAAAAGGAAAAUCCUGAACCCCAAUUCUCGUCAAAUCCAAGAAAACUGCAAAAACCCGUUUUUUUACAACCCUUCCAGAAAGGCAAACCACUAAACACAAAACCCCACAAAAACCCAAGACCGAGACAAGGAAAAUCCAAAGCAAACAACCCGCCACGUCAUCAUCUUCAACCCCAUCCAUGCCGAAUCCUUCUUCCGCACCCCGCCCAGCGGAAUCUCCGGUCACCGUAGAAUACCGCACUAACCAUUCAUGUCUUACCAAAUGGGCUAUCCCUUACAACUCAAAACUCAAACCCAAGAAAACCAUUAACAGUCCUUAUUUUGAAGUGGGUGGCUUUGAUUUCCGCUUCUUGUUAUACCCAAAAGGCGAUUCUAUGGCCUCUCCUGGUUACCUUUCUCUCUACAUUGAAAUCAAUGAUCCACGUUGCUCUUCCAAAUUUGAUUGCUUUGCUAGUUAUAAACUAAGCAUUUUGAACCAUGAAGAUAAGUCAAACUCUUUGACCAGAGAGUCUUAUUAUAGAUUCUCUUUCAAGAAAAAAACUAUUGGUUGGGGUGACUUUGGACUUGCUACUUCAGUUUUUGAUCCAAAAUCAGGGUUUUUCAAGAAUGGUUCUUUGCUUGUUUCUGUUGAGAUUUCGAUUUUGGAUGAGUCAGUUUCAUUUUCAAGAGAUAAUAACAACAAUGAGGUGGAAUAUUCUGUAUCUUCAUUAGGUUGUAACUCCCUUGUUUUGAACGGGAAAUUUACUUGGAAGGUUAAAAAUUUUAGUUUGUUUAAGGAAAUGAUCAAGACCCAGAAGAUAGUUAGCCCUGAUUUUCAAGUUGGGGAAGUUGUAGUUCAUAUUAAAGUGUACAAAACCAAGGUUAAUGGAGUAGGGUGUUUGUCUUUGUUUUUGGAGGCUUCUGAGGCACACAAGUGUGCCAAAUGUGCGACCCCUGAUAAGAGUAGUUGGUGUUUGUUUCGAAUAUCUGUUUUGAAUCAAAGGCCAGGGCUCAAUCAUAUGCAUAGGGACUCAUAUGGGAGGUUUAAUGAGGAAAAUUCUAAUGGGGAUGAUACAACUCUAGGUUGGACUGAUUAUUUGAAGAUUUUGGAUUUUAUUGGGUCCGAUAAAGGGUUUGUUGUGGAUGAUACUGUGGUGUUCACGGUAUCUUUCAAUGCAAUCAAAGAUUCAAUUUUUACCAAAAGUGCUGGUUUGAGAAAUUUUAGUGUUAUAAAAAAAUGUGACUCAUAUAUGGGAAAGUAUACCUGGAAGAUAGAAAAUUUUUCGAGGUUGAAGGAUGUUCUGAAGAAGAAAAAGAUGAAAGGAGUGUUUGCUAAGAGCAGGAAGUUUCGGAUUGGGAAUCACGAGUUUCGCCUCGUUGUUUAUCCUAGAGGUCUAUCUCAGAAACCUUUCUACCUUUCCAUGUUUCUUGAAGUUUUGGAUCCUCGAAAUCCUACCACAGAUUGGAGUUGUUAUGCUUGUUAUCAGCUAUCCAUUGUGAAUCAGAAGAUGAAAGACAAUUCUAUUUUGAAGGAAUCACGGGCACGUUGCUCAAAAGCUACUAAAGAAUGGGGGUGGUCUGAAUUCGUGACUCUUACAAGUCUUUUUGAUAAGGAUUCUGGGUAUGUGGUUCAGGAUACUGUUAUCUUUGGUGCACAGGUUCUUAUUUUGAAGGAGACCUUCAAACUGCAGGACCUCCCAGAGUCAAGCAAUAAACCCGCCCAUAAAGAUGGAGAAAAGAAAAGGUGGUCAAUCAUUUGGAAGGUGGAAAACUUCUUAUCCUUCAAGAGAAUAUUAGCAAGCCAGAGUAUGUAUAGCAAAUAUUUCCAGGUUGAUCAAUUAGAGCUUCGAAUUGGGGUAAAUGUAUUUUCUGACUUCAUUUAUGCAUACUUGGAGUGUGAUCCAUCAGUUCUGAAUGAUCCUGAUAAGGAUUUUUGGGUUAGUUAUAGGAUGACUUUGGUUAAUCAAAAGCACCCUGCCAAAAGUUUCUGGAAGGAGUCUUCUCUAUUUACAAAAACUCGUGCUAAUUGUGAUCUACAGUUUAUGAAACUAUCUGAUAUGCUCGAAGCAGAUGCUGGGUUUGUUAUGGGUGAGAUGGUUACUUUUGUUUGUGAGAUCCUUGAUUACUGCCCAUGGUUCGAUUUUUCAGAACUAGAGGUUCUGGGAGAUGUUACACCAACUGAGCUUCAAGAAACUACUUGUUCUGAAUCUUGUGAUGUAAUGAAUGGAUAUAAUGUGGAUAUCUCCAGACAGCUUCUUGCAACUGCAAGGGAUCACCUUAGUGUUGAAGAUAAUACUUCUCUGAUACUUGUUAUUCUGAAAGAAGAACUUAAAAAUGAUCUUUUCACAUUGGCUGGAAUUUUGAUUGGAAUGCGGCUUUACCUCGACAAUCCUAUAAAACAAAAUAACUUUUUUCACCAAUUAUCUGGUUGCAUUGAUACAGGGCAGAUAGAUCUUAAUCCAGAUAAAUUUCUAUCCAAGCUAACUGCUUCAAUCACCGAUGCUGAUUUCUUGCGUCAGAAAAUUGACAAUGCACUUUUAGAUGUAAUGGUCGAGUGUUGCCAGAGAUUAAAUAGAAAAUCCGGUGAGGAUCCACAUGAUGCAAGCUCAAAACCAUUCCUAGAUACCAACGAAGCUAGCCCUCAAACUAAAUUUCAUUGGCGAAGUCGGUUGGCAAAUUUUCUUCGAUCAUAUGAGAGAUUCUUUGGGAUUGACAAUUGUAUGGAUAAUUGUAGUAAUACUUCAAGGAAAGCUAUUCUUGGACAGCAUGAUUCUACUUGUAAGUCAUCUGAGGAGAUCUUGGGCUUUAUUGUAAAUUCAUUGAAGGCUCUAGAUGACAAUAUUACACAAGAUACCUCAAAGCCAAGCCAAGGGUGUCAGUUUGUGGAGAAGAUUUUGGUAUUACUAAAUGAAGCUCCUAGGCAUCUGCUACCAGAUCUAGUUUCUUUGUUGCCCAAGUUAGCUUGUCAGCUUGAUCAUAAAGUUGUUGCUUGUGCUCUUUUAGAUCAGCUGGAAAUGCCAGGUGCAGAAUCUUCAAUGCGACUACCUGUUCUUGAGGCCAUGAGUCAGUUGCAGCUUGGCAUUGAUGUUUGGGAGCGUGCAUUCUGUCAAGCCUCUGAAGUUGUGAUUGAUUUAAAUGGUGAAGCACUUGGUGCUGCCAUUUGCUUAUUAUUUAAAGCUGCAUCUCAGUGCCAGCAUAUCCCUCAAGCAGUAAGUAUCGUCCAUCAAAGUUUAGAGAGCCAGGGAGCUGAGGUUUCACCUUGUGUGCUGGAUCUUCUAAGAAAAACUUUGAAUACUUCUGGUGACCUUGCGGUAACUAUGUUACGAAAAAUUGAUUCUGUCUUUUCCCUUGAUCAAAAACACUUGACAAAUGGUAUCAGGCCCUCUUCAUCCGGAGAAAAUGGACUAACGACCAAGAGUUUGCAUACAGGAGUUCUCCAUUUUUCUGAUAUAUUUAUGUUGUUAGAGAUGCUGGCCAUACCCUCUAUUGCUGUGCAAACUACCCAGGUUUUUGAGAAAGGUAUUGCAAAUGGAUUUAUCACAUAUCAUUUGGUGGAAAUGGUGUUGGAGAAAUGUGCUUCAGUAUUGGGUGUCCAUUUAGUUUCUUCUGAAGAACAUCAGUCUGGAAACACUGAGACAGCAGGAAAAGGCAGUAUUGGUUCUUUGUAUACUGAAGAAGUUUUUAAAUUGGUUUUUGUUCUUGCUGAUAAAUUGUUCCUAUCUCGACACUCUCGAGUGCAUGGGUUUCUGAGAAAGUUUUAUUCAAUACUAUAUAGACUGUUUGCUGGUGAGAAUUAUCAAAAGAAGAUGCUGAGAAGAUUGGUUGACCAUGCCAUCAGUGCUGCUAAUAAUUGCUCUGAAACUAGUCUGGAUGUGUUGGUUUUCUUGGUUCAGAAGGAGUGUAAAGCAGCCAGACUAGUUCUAAGCAUGAUCAGAGAUGAUAUUCAACUUGCCAAUUCUGACCUUUCUGCACUUCAGAGUCAGUUACGUGCUCGAGAGGAUGAAUAUAGCUGUGCUGAGGAAGAAUUGCAAACUGAACUUUCAAAGAUGAGGAUAGAGAAAUUAACUUUGUUAGAAAGGCUGCAUGAGUCUGAUGCUGUUAUUCUUCAUUAUAAGUCUGAAAUGAGGCUUGAAAUGGAUCAUUCCACUCGGGAAAAGAAGGAACUUUCUGAACAGUUAGAAGAAGUUAAACGUCAGUUUCAACAUACUUGCUCCAAACAGAAUGAUAGAUUAGAAAAGCUUUCCAAUGAGAAAAAGGUUUAUCAAGAUCAUCUUCGUGGCCUGGAGACGCAGCUUUCUCAGUUGAAGUCCCAGAAACACCAAGAAUUGAAGAAACUAGUUCAAGAGAAAAAUGUUCUUGCUGAAUGGGUGAGGACUGCAGAAGCUGAGAAGAAAAGGUUUGAUGAAGAAUUGAGAAGAUGCACUUUACAGGUUGAAGCUCAAGAAGCUGUACAAUGGUCACUUUUGGGUGAAGUCCAGAAGUUGAAACAAAACCUUGGGCAGAUUAAAAGAGAAAAACAAGAGAAGGAAGAGGAGGUUGCACACUGCAAGACAUACAUUGAUGAGCUGAAAGUGGAGUUGAAUAAUUGUCAGCAAUACAUCCGAUCCCUUCAGGUUUCACUUAAGGAGGAGUUGCUAAGACAAGCUCCUCUCUAUGGAUAUGGCCUGGAAAAUCUGUCAAUGAAGGAACUAGAGAUAUUGUCAAGCAUCCAUGAAGAUGGCCUGAGAAAGAUCCAUGCCAUCCAACAUCGUAUAAGAAGUGAUAGUGACAGCCUUCCCCCUUCUUCAAAACUUUGACGUUGAUGUACGCUGCAGCCCCACCGCCCGUUGCUUCAUUCAACCCAAAGAGAUGUUGAGAUGAACAACAAUGGUAUUAGUCAGUCAUGUGCAUUAACGGUAGAUUGGGAUCAUAUUUUUCUCUCUGGUUAGCCUCCUUUUGUUCUACCAGUCAAGCUCAUUAAUGCUUCAAGUUGCUUUUUUUUCUCAUGUUGCUAUAUCCGUGCAGUUUACAAUUGUAACUGACUAGCAGAACAUUUUUUUUUUCUGUCAAAAAGUAUGAAAAUUUGAAAACCUAAGAAGACACUUUUUAAGGAAAGAGAAUUAAACGAAAAGGUAUCAUUUGCUAACAUCUUUCGUGAUAUACCACAAGUUGCAUGCUUGGUUUCUUUUCUUUUUCUUUACAGUUAUCACAAGGAUCGGAAUUCCGAACAAAGUGGAAGACUAGAUACGGGCUU